AGAACAGCCAGAAUUCUUCAGGGCAUGGAAACGUUGCUCAAUUGGUAUCAAGGAAAAACAUUCCCCGCACCAUUACACCGACAGCCUUUAUUAUUGACACCAGGCAGGAUGGGGCCAUGGACUCAUGCUGCAAUAGCCCAUCUGUGGCAAGGAUUGGAUGUGUUGUGCGCUCCGAGAUGCCGUUCUGCACAGCACUGUUGCACUGCGCAGUUAUUUGCCUGUUUGUAGCUUGCACAAUUCUUGCCAUUCUCCUUCGACCUCUCAUCAACGAUCUGUUUUCGCCCAUAGGACUGCUGCUGAACGGAUGUUUUUGGUACCAUUCUCGGUAAAUCCUAGACACGGUUGUGCAUAAUAUAAUAAGCCCAGGAGGCCGGACGUUUCUGAGACACUGGAAAUGGCGCGGCUGGAAUCGACGAUCAUACAUACCAUGCUCAAAGUCGCUUAAGUCACUCAUUUUGUCCAUUCUAAAGUUCCAGCCGUCGUUAUACACUGAGUGUACAAAACAUUAAGAACACCUUCCUAAUAUUGAGUUGCAUGUCUAUGUCAUGGAAAGAGCAGGUAUUCUUAAUGUUUUGUACACUCAGUGUAUAGCAAGACACAGCCACGUGACACACUGUCUGCUAACCAUUUUUGGGAACGGGGUGGUGUGCCUAACAAACUGGCCACUGAGUGUAUGUUUAAUAAUCAAACCAGUCAGCAUUGUCUGACAUAACUUCGUCUAGAACCUACAUUUAAUACUGACACCUGCCCACUGAUGGUUCAGGGGGGUCAAGUAGCCUGAUUCCUUUGAGAAGCUGUUGCCUUUCAUUCUAAAUGUCAGAUUUUAUUUGGAGUCAUAUUUUUUGUUUAAAUAUUUGUUCCGACUGUAUAUUUAUUUGUUGUUAUUAUGCUUUAAUAAACGUGCACGGUGAAUGAGUAUUGCAGUUUUAAAAUUAAAAUGUUUAACAGGAAACAGGAUUUGGAUCUAAGGAGUUAUUACCACCUGCAGCCAGCUGGAGAUAUCAUUUUUAAAAUAAAUGUAAACAAUAUUUAACUAGACAAGUCAGUUAAGAACACAUUAUUUUAAGAACAAAUUCUUAUUUACAAUGACGGCCUAGGUACAGUGGGUUAACUGCCUGUUCAGGGGCAGAAUGACAGAUACAGGAUCUGAACAGCCCUUAGCCGUGUUCCUAUUGGCCAUUUACCCCAAACCCCGGAGGUGCCUUAUUGCUAUUAUAAACUGGUUACCAAUGUAAUUAGAGCAGUAAAAAUAAAUGUUUUGUCAUACCUGUGGCAUAACUGUAGUUAUACUGCACUCUGACUGUUCUUUCAAUGACAGUCUGACCAGGCGAAUCCAGGUGAAAGCUAUGAUCCCUUAUUGAUGUCACUUGUUAAAUCCACUUCAAAUCAGUGUAGAUGAAGGGGAGGAGAUGGGUUAAAGGGGGAUUUUUAAACCUUGAGAUGAUUGAGACAUGGAUUGUGUGUGUUCCAUUCAGAGGGUGAAUGACAGGACAAGAUAUUGAGUGCCUUUGAACGGGUAUGGUGGUAGCUGCGCUAGGCGCACCUGUUCUUCGUGUUUUGUACAAUCAGUGUAUAUUUUUCACAUUGAUGCCGUUUAUUUUUGUCAUCGCCAAGGUUAUUGUAGGGUUAAGUGGUGAUUUGAAAUUAAAACAACAAGGGUGAUGAAUAGGCUAUGAGCUAUUGCCUAAUGUAAAUUAUACGACUAUGAAACCAGCCAUGAUGAGUGGCUACACUUGUUGCGGUCAUGUGACGAAGCAUUAACCGGUCAAAUGGAGAGUGAGCGCGCCCUGCAUUCUAUGUGACGUUAAACUGCUGUACAAUCACCUCAGUUUUGGAUCCGUGCGUGUCUAGGUUACUCAGCCUAAAUCACAACUCGUCUCUGAUGUUUUAAACGAUGGCUGAAUGUUUUGGGAACGACAUAUAUAUAUAUAUAUAUAUAUUCUACAAUUGGGUUAAGUCUUAGAAUAAAGAAAACAUGUUACAUUUCAUCUUGCAAGAUGUCUCAAACAACACGGAGCAAAACACAACGACGCCUGAGGACUGGACUGUUGUGUACUUUGCAGUCAGGUGGAUCCAGAUGACCAGAGUAGUGUUAUAGGAUAGUGACUGUUUUGGUUUCUAAUCAACACCUUUCCCCUGUAAAGGUGUACUUUGCAGUCAGGUGGAUCCAGAUGACUAUGGCAGUGCUGAGCAUUGUCGGUUCAGGUUCCAUAAUUGUUUAUGCAACUUUCCAACACCUUAUAAGGACACCUGAGAUCCAGCCAUUGUUCUUACUGAGUGUGACAGACUUGCUGCUGGCAGUCAGCUGGCUGGUAGGAGCAGUACUGUUCACCCAGGACUGUGAUAGCCAUGCCACCUGCUACAACCUACACAUCGUUGAACAGAUCCUGUAUAUGACCUCGUUCUUCUACACAUUGAACUAUGUAUGGACCCUGUACUCUGGGCUAAAUAACAGAUUCUACAGUAGCCUUCAUGGAUACCCAGCCCAAUGCGCCACCAAACUGAGAAGUUUCAGCAAGAUUGCUGCAGUCCUGUCAUGUGUCCUCCCCAUGCUGCUGAUGCUGCCAGUGUUUGUAACAGGAAACAUGGACCACUGUUACACAAACUUCAGCCAGCCUUACAAGUGCCUUCUAAUGCACACGGAGGCACUCUUCAUGUCCACUGACUUGAGCAAGAUGGAGGUGGACUCAGUUUGCCGCCUGGGACACAUGUACAGUAUUGCUGUCUUCCUGGCAGUGUUCCUCCUCACAUUUGUUGGCAUUGUGGUGCUCAUGGGAAAAGCACGCACUGUUUACAGACGUUGUGUGAGUUCUAGCGGUUUCCUCGGCGACAGGCAGUGGGCGUCGCUUCGUGUUCUGGACCGACACAUGCUCCUCUACCCCUCUGUCUUCUUCUUCUGUUGGGGCCCAGCAGUGUUCCUGGCAGCCAUGAUUCUGUACAACCCCAAAUCAGUGGAGGGAGUUGUGGGCGUCAUUCUCUACAUCUUACAGGUAAAACUGCCAGCUGCUCUGAAACCGACAUCCAAGACGUGUGCAACCUCAGUCCAUGGCUUAACUUCUACUUCCUCAUCCCAGGCCUUCACCUCAUCCUCUCAAGGCCUUCUGAACUGUGUGGUGUACGGCUGGACACAGACACACUUCCGCUCAGCUAGCAAAGAUGCUGUAAGGGACAUGGACACCCAGACGCCACUUCUGAGAUCUCAGAAGAAAGGCUAUAAAACUCUAUGGUCAACACCAUCCCCAAACCAGAUGAUAUAGAAGGAUCUGGUAUUCUACCGACACCACAUUAAUUUACUAUGGUGGUUGUGACACUGGCAAAAUAAAUGAAACAAAGCCUUUUGUGCCAGACUGGGAGUGACGGUUUGGUUUUGAAUCUUGGGGACAGUACCUUGGGAAGCACCUGUUAUACCAAUGAAGCAAAAACACCCUCGGCUGUACACAAGGGACAGCAGGGUCCAACCAGACAGAGGCUGAACUGCUGAGGCGUAAAAAAGGGAAGAACCAGGGAAUUUACAAGGAGAGGAAGAGCAGCUCUGAAACAGGAUCUGAGAGCUCUGUACUUUCAUAGGAAUCAGAGUCACUCCCUCCCUCACUUGUUCUGACUGCAUCGCUCGUGCAAACAUUGUCUCUACAUUAGUGUUUAGAAUUUCCCACAGUAGUUGGGGACAGCCGAGGAUAUUUGUGAAAGGCUUUGUAACUGACUGGCAUGUCUUUGAUUUAGAGGGGCCCUGAUUGAGCCCAACCGUGUGGAAACAGUGAGCAAGCCUGUCACUUUUCAUCUUGAUGGAACAAAGGCCCUCCAUUCACAGAGAUGCUGCUUGACGUACGAGUUUGGCCCGUGGUGUUGUGUGAUGGUCGUAGAUACGCAAGUGUGUGCAAUGUUUAGUUUUCGCCCUACAUGGACUUGGUCACAGAAAUGUGACUGUAGGUUUAUGCUCACUCCUUGAGUUCAAUUCUAAACUUUUAUCAAAGGGGACAAUUAUUGCCUUGCAUGAGGCAUGAGAGCAGGAUAAAUACAUCACCACAACAUACAAUUAUUUAUUUUCUGAAAUGCAAAUGAAACUGAAUGAAAAGAAUGUGGAUUUCCGGUCUGUCAAUGCAUUGGACUUUAUUUCUGUUUAACUCCAUCAAUAUGAAAUGGCCAUUGCAGCUCAAAUAUAGUAAGUGCUGCAGCCUCAUCAAAACAAUAAAAUAUUGUUUCACUCCCACAUCCGACCAGCUGCAUCAUGGCAGUUAUCAAAGAUGAGGCUGUAGUCAGUGCCUCCAGCUUUGACGAAAUCAGAGACCGUCUUACUCCCUUUAAAGUUUUUGGUUUCAACUUUCUGCAAAAAGUUUUAAAAAACAAUGUUUUAAUCUGAACGACUGUGUAUUUGCCACUACAGAGUCAUUUCAAUAAAAGAUGCUUAUGAAA